ACCCACCGGGUUCCUCUAACCAGAGGGCACUCUCGGCCUUCAGCCCAGCACCUGGGACCCCGCGCCCGAGUGGCAUCAACCGGAUGUAGCUUUCCGAAGGCCCGUGGGGCGAGGAGGGAUGGGCGCCCUCUUUUGUUUCACCCGCCUUUUCCUGAACGGGCACCUUGGGAGUUGCCAGUGGCGCCAACUUCUCGAGGAAGAGAGGAAGGGCUCAACACUACCCUGCAAAGGAAGGCGCAACCGGAAGGGGCGGGGAUCCACCCGGACGCGGAGCUUCCGCCACCAUGGCUUCUCGUGGGGUCGUUGGCCUUUUCCUCCUCUCUGCUCUCCCCUUCUUGUGUCUGGAGCUCCGGCGUGGGAUCCCCGAUCUAGAAGAAGAAGAGAAGAAUGAGAAAAGGCAAAAACUUGUCAGAAAAAAACAACAAGAGGCACAGAGUGAAAAGGCCAGCAGAUACAUAGAGAACGUUCUAAAACCUCACCAGGAAAUGAAGUUGAGAAAACUGGAAGAACGCUUUUAUCAGAUGACGGGUGAAACCUGGAAGUUGAGCAAUGGUCAUAAACUUGGGGGUGACGAGGAUUUGGCGCUUGAAAAUGAGAGUCAGACAUCUUUUAAAACAUCAAACAGAGAAGCAGCAAAGAGACGAAACUUGCCUAAGCCUUUAAGCAAAAUUUCACCAUCUGCUGAGCAGCCCACGCAGAAGGAGGUUCUUAGUCUCCCUGAAGAACCUCCUGAAACAGCUGAAGAAAUAGUUACUGUUGCUCUCCGAUGUCCAAGUGGGAGUGUCCUGAGGAGAAGAUUUCUUAAGUCUUGCAGUUCACGGGUCUUACUUGACUGGAUGAUGAAAAUCGGGUACCACACAUCCCGAUACAGCCUUUCUACUUCCUUUCCCAGACGGCCUCUGGAAGUGGAGGGGGGCUGGUCACUGCAAGACACAGGAAUAACUGUGGAUACCGUACUCAUUGUGGAAGAGAAAGAGCAGAGCAACUAAUUAAGAAAUGAGAACUACCUGUUCUCCAUAAAAUCAGUGAUGCCAUGACCUUACACGACAAUAAAGGAUUCACAUGAAAAUUACGCCAUUCCUUGACCGAGCUCAAGAAGGUAAACACUUGAAUGUUGAUAUCCUUGGGAACAUAUGGACAUAAAGGAUUAGAAAAGGAUUGCUCUCUGCAUAUAAUAGUUUUUGGAAUGUGCUGUCUUAUAAUGUCCCAAAUGAAAACUAGAUAAAAAUGUAUACAGUAAGGCACUCAAUGGUUUGUAUUUUUCCUGGCUGACAUCAUUUAUCACUAUGUUGAAAAACAAAGUCAUACAACUCUAUUUUCUGCCUCUGCAGUCCACCUUGCCACACUGAACAUUUCACAGUUCAAACUCUCUAAAAUCUUUUAAGUAGGAAUGUUUGUUCUGCUUCUAGAAAUUAAACUUUAAAGACAUUUCAAAGGUCUUUAAUGCUUUAAACUUCUUUUUGAUAUCUGAUAAAGGGUUAGUAUCCAAAAUGUCUAAAGAACUUACAAAACUCAACACCCAAAAAACAAAUAAUCCAAUU